AUGAAGCGAAAUUCGUGGAAAUAUUUGAGUUGUAGUAGUCGUUUUACGAGAACUCUUGGUUAUUUGAAAAAUAAAAUGGAUGCAGCAAGUACGUCAACGUUAUAUCCAACCAAGGAACAAGUUCGAAAUUGGCAAGAAUCAUUCGAGAGUCUCCUUAAUCACAAAUAUGGCUGUCUUCUUUUCCGAACAUUUUUAAAAGGCGAAUUCAGUGAUGAAAAUGUCGAUUUUUGGAUUGAAUGUGAAGAAUUUAAAAAAUUAAAAGAAGGAAAAAAAUCGACAAUUCAAAGGGCACAUGCUAUUUAUAAUGAAUAUGUUGCUGAGCAGUCACCUAAGGAAGUGAAUUUGGAUAGCGACACACGAGCAGCAACAAAAGCUGCUUUAGAAAAUGGUGCAAAGCCUAAUAUGUUCACAUUGGCUCAAAGUCGAAUCGAACAAUUAAUGGCAAAAGAUAGCUAUAGGCGAUUUCUUAAGUCAAGGCUAUUUCUCGAUCUACUUAACGACACAUCAAACGACACUUCUGCAAAGAAUUCGUAG